AUGAAGUUGUCUGUUUCCAUUUUGUUUGCGACUCUUGCUUUGAGUUCCGCCUUUGUCCCAUCCACCGGUGUUGCCAGCCGAUCUGUCGCCAUGGACCUUGUUUCCACGACUGAGGUUACAAAUCCCGACGCCUUCACAAAACCUGACCGUAUCAUCAUGGAAAAGCUUCCAACUGUAUAUGUUUACGAUCACUGCCCAUUCUGCGUACGUGUUCGAGUCGCAUUGGGCCUCAAGAAUGUCAAGCAUAUUGUCAGCUUCAUGGCGAAUGAUGAUAUACCUACUCCUACCGCGCUUGUUGGCAAGAAAAUUGCCCCUAUUUUUACCUUCCCUGAAGGUGAUAUCACCAUGGCAGAAUCCAUGGAUAUUAUCAAGCUCAUCGAUUCUGACGAACGGUUUGGUCCGACUGGUAUCUUGAAACCAUCCAGUGGCCGAACUGAUCUCAAGGAAUGGCAAAAAUCUGUCCAAAGCACUUUACGAACACUUCAACGACCACGCUAUGUUGCAACUGGUCUUUUGCCAGAAUUCACACAACUUGAUGCCCGACAUGCUUUUAUCAAGGGACACCAAUUGCCACCAUACGACAAGCCAGAAUGGAGAGAGGAGUUGGCAAUGGAAGAAAAGCUGAAGAUAUACGCCGAAUCUAUGGCCACCGACCCAGCACCUAUGGUCGAAGAGUUGAACGCAAAGCUUGUGGAAUUGGACGACAAAGUUUACUCUGAGCACUACUGCACUGAAGGAGGACUUUCGUUGGAUGACAUCGACCUCUGGGCUCGCCUUCGUUCCAUCACCAUCAUCAAGGGGGUUCAAUGGCCAGCGGGACUUCGGGCCUACAUGGAAAACAUUAGUGAAUUGGCAGAUGUUCCACUUUACGAUGAGUUGGCCAUAUGA